GUAAAGCACUAAACAAAUCUUGAAUUUAGACCACUUACCGGUGUAUCAACAUUUUACUUGAAUGCCUCAAAUUCUGAAGCGCCUAACCCCAGACCCGAUGUUCUUUCAUGUUAAUUGUAAAGUACGAGUUCAAAAGAAGCACUUGAAUGCAGCACGAGAGGCGCGUCUCAGCCUGCAGCAAAAAGGUGAGAAGACAACAGCAUGAGCAGAUGAAGUCUGACCGCACAGCCUAAAAAAUGUGGACGGAUGUGAAAAACAAGAGCAAGACUGCUAUAAACAACGGAAACAGCUCAAAGAUGAUUGACGCAGAUCUCCUUACAAGGCAUCUUUUACACACAGUUCAACAGAGAAAUGGUUCAACUGCAGCUGUCACUCAUCCUUCUCACACAGAGGGCUCUUCAACCAGGACAAGUGGAAUCAUCCCUGGUGCAAUUGCAGCCACAGUGUUCAUUGCCUUUAUACUUGCUCUCUACGCUGUUCUCUGGAAGUGCAUGGUGUCACCACCACAACGAAAGCACGGCAAGGUGAGGGUAAGGGUUCAUCAGAGGACUUCUGUGUGAAGACUGGCUUCUGUUAUGCAGGUCAUUUUGGAUCUUAUUGGUGUGGACUAAAAUCUGAGAGCAGACUUUGCUCCGAGUCAAAGAAAAGCACCAGUGACAAUAUGCCACUGAAGAAGAUCCUCCUAAUAGAUCCAAAGGUCAAACCAUAAAAAGGACUCAGCUGAGUGGAUCAGCAGUUUCCCUCAGCUUUACUGCCGGCUGGUGGCUCCUGUUGACUCCCAGUUCCAUGUUGAUGUGGUUUUGGCCGGUCAGAUUGUGCUGCUUUUGUUUUGUUUUUCUGAACUCUGCACUACUGAGGGCCGGGGCAGCUCAGGCCACAGCUCACCCCAGUGACCAAUAAGCUGUGUGUAUGUGUGUCUGGAACAGAGAUUUAGGGAUAUUUAAUGUAUGUAGAUUUUUUUUGCAUGUUUUGCAACAGCACCAAAUGGACAGUUGCAGUUUAAACAUGUCUGGCAUAGUGUUUCUUUAUAUUUUCAAAAGUGCAUAAUGGCCACAGUAGGUAUCAUUUGCAUCCAUUUUAAUCUGUCCUUGUUUCUUAAACAUUUUUUGGGGGAAAGCUGUAAAGCUGCCAGGGGGUUCAGGGCAAUCAGCCAAUCAUAUCUAAUCAAGUCUUCAGUCAGCAUUUACUGUGGGGAUCUAGAAAUAGGUCCUUGGGUUCUUUGAAAUCCACAUGGUGUAUUCACUUCACUCACGAUGUUGUAACUACUGUAUGACAUUUGACUCUGUAAUAAACUGGGAUUUUUUCCUUUUUUUUUUUUUUUUACAUUUAGUGGAAUGUGAAUAUAAACACAUGCUAACAUAAGCGACAGAGUCACAAUUUGGUGGAACUCUAAAAGAGACUGAACCACUUCUUUUUUCUUUUCUUUUGUUUAGUUUUUCUAACUUGGCUUAGGAAUGAGGAAUGAAGUUCUAUGGAUGGAUUAAUGCAGAAACUUUAAUGAAACCGAGCAAUUAACAGAUGAUGUGCCAGUGUGAGUGUAAAGGGAAAGGUUUUCUGUGUUUCAUCUGUGUUUUCAGUGUGUCUCAGGUCAGAUUACGUUCACAAGCUGCUGAAUCCUGGAAUCUAUACAAUCAAGAAGAGAAGACAUGAAAAACUGGCCUUUUGUAUGCCAUUCAUUUAUGUGGUUACCCGGGCCGGAUGGGCACAUUCUGCACCACCCUCCUUAAUAUGCUUGUUACAUGCUACUUGAGUAGCUGACUUUGUCAUGGCCAUGUCACAACACUUUGUUAUUUUCCCGAACCAGUUGUGCAACUGUCAGUGAAGUUGAACUAAGUAAUGAGCAUGGAAUGUGGGUUGGUGUAUACCAAAAUACCAGCUAUUAAUCAUUUGAAAUGUGCAAUCCAGUCAAACAUUUGACUUUGAUAAAAACUAAGUGCAUCAGCAUUUUUUCAGAACAUCAGGGAAGAUGUGACAAUAGUUACACUGAAAGGGUGGAUGGUAAUUGCAUUGCACAAGGAUUAUGCUUUAUAUGGUGUAGAAAUUCUGAUUUAAUUACUGGAUGUCUGCCCUUAGUACCGUUGAUAUUAUAUACUUUUUAUACUUAAAUGUGAGACACAACUUUUAAUGUAUGUAUCAGCUCCAGGGAUUGUACAAGAUAUAUCAUUUGUAUGAUCAGUCAUAGAUGAUGUUCUAAACCUUGAGUUUUUUAAAUGAAAAUUGCUGAGUAAAAACUGUUUAAUAAAGCAUUUAUUAGAUGUACUGUAAACUUUAAAUCAAUAAGUAGAAUAAACCGUAUAAAUUGUCUUCA